AUGGCUCUAACAGCCUCAAUCUCCAACACACCCCUCCUCCUCCCCCUCGGCGUCCUCGCCGCCCUGUUCCUGCUAAUCCACAUCACCCGCGUCUACUGGCGCCUCCGGCACAUCCCCGGGCCCUGGUGGACGCGCUUCACAAACCUCCAGCGCGUCCUCUGGGUGCGCACGGGCAAAGCGCACGAGAUCCAUCUGGACAUCCACAAGAAAUACGGCGACGUGGCGGUCCUCGGACCGAACAUGGUUUCGCUCGCGGAUCCGGCGUGGAUCAAUGUCGUUUAUCCGGCGAGGAUGGGCGUUCCAAAGAGCGCCUUCUACAGCACGCUAGCCCCCUACACGAAAAAAGGCGCGCUCCCCGCGGUCUUCUCGUCGCGCGACGAGGAAGUGCACCGGUGGCUGCGCUCGCCCAUUGCGUCGCUGUACUCCAUGUCCAAGGUGCUUCCGCUCGAGAGCUUCAUCAACGCGACGAUCGAGGCCAUGAGCGCGCAGCUGGACGCGCGCUUCGUCGACUCCCAGGCCCCGUUUGACCUCGCGCACUGGCUGCAGUAUUUUGCGUUUGAUGUCAUGGGGACGCUGACUUUUUCCAAGCGCUAUGGGUUUCUGGAGAUGGGGGUAGAUGUCGGCGGUAUGUUGGGCACGAUUUGGGGGUUUAUGAGGGGGGCUGCGCCGUUCACGCAAAUCCCCUGGCUCGACCAGGUCUGGAACAAGAAUGCCUUUGUGAGCAUGUUCCGCGGCCCAACCGGGUUCUCGAUCUUGGGGAUCGUGGGGAAAUUCGUCGCAGAGCGGCAGGCGAAGAAGGGGGAUGGCAAGACUGUCGACGAUGGGCUCCGGGAGCGCGACAUGCUCGAUAUGUUCCUGGACAUUCAAUCCAACAACGCCCUGCCACCGUGGACCGUAACAGCCUGGACCUUCUCCAACGUAAUCGCCGGCUCCGACAGCACCGCCGUGGUAAUGCGCACCAUCUUCUACAACCUCCUCCGCCACCCACACACCCUGCAGCGCCUGCGCACCGAACUCUUAACCGCCGACGCAGCGGCCGAAACCGGCCUCACAAAGCCCUACCCGUCCUACAAGGACGUCUGCGACCUCCCCUACCUGGACGCAUGCAUCCUCGAGGGCCUCCGCCUGCACCCGCCCUUCUGUCUCCCCUUUGAGCGGGUUGUGCCGAAGGGCGGGAUGACGGUGGGCGAGAGGUACUUCCCCAAGGGGACGAUUAUCGGGAUGAGUCCGUAUCUGGUGAAUCGGCAUAAACCGACGUUUGGCGAGGAUGUCGAGAGCUGGAAUCCCGAGCGGUGGAUGGUUGCGAAAGAGUUGAAGGCGAGGAGGGAGGCGGCGCUUCUUACUUUCGGCGCUGGACGGCGCGUCUGUCUGGGGCGGCACAUUGCCAUGCUCGAGCUGAAGAAGAUUGUGCCCGCGCUGGUGCUGCAGUAUGAUUUUGAACUCCGGGACCCGGCCCGCUUCAAGACGGAGAACUUUUGGUUCUUCAGGCAAUAUGGGAUGGAUGUGACUGUCAAGAGGCGCGUGUAG